GUGAAGUGAAGUGUACGUACGUGAUUACUUGUGUCGUUUCUUUUCCCUAUCGCGACAGCAGACAAAAUCAUGUUUAUUUAUGUAAUAGUUAAUCAUCCCUAGUUUAGAGCUCUUGUAAUUAGUGAUUUCCAACGAAUACCUGUCGUUUUAUGGGAGUUGGAGCAUCAAAAUGGGCUGUUUAGCUUGGAUUCGAGGCUUAAAAAUAACGCUUCCAUUUAAAGACAAGGAAUUAAACAAAAUAGCAGCAUUCUUCAAUGUGACUACUUUCCUCCUAACCUGCGCUGCCCUGGUGCAGCCCAGCUGGUUCAGGAUAAAGGGGCUGCACUGCACUCAAAGCCUGUCACUGUCUCAGUUCUUCUCAUUUGAUGAAGAUGAUGACUAUGAUGAUCAGAUUAACAUAGAUCAGGGGAGAGACUUUGAUCCGGUGAAGAGGGAUUACCCUGGUCUACCACCAUGUACAACACCAGAGACCAUUACACUCAUGAGAGUACUAAUCCUAUUAUGCUUCAUGGUACUACUUUGUUCCUCUAUUGGAAUCCUCAUCAACAUAACUAGCUUAAAUAGUAAAGCAAUCAAGAUGCUCCGUAGGAAUGCCAUCCCAAGCAUAAUGUGUGUGUUUUGGGUGAUAGCUAUAGUUGGCGUGUGCUAUUAUACCACUGUGGUAUUGGGGAAUGCAAACAACUAUGAUCCUAAUACAAUACAAGUGGAUUAUGAGUAUGGUUUCUACACGAUAACUGGCGCUGGUGCUCUAGCAUUGCUAGCAUCCGCCGCCAAUUUAUGGGGGGCGCCACUCUCCAGCGACGAGGACAUUCAGCGGCGAAACCUCAUGGAGGACUGGGACGGCUACGAGGCUCACAGCGUGGGCCCAACCCCGUAUGUGCCGGCGCUGCCGCCGUACACGCCGAGCGCCGACUUCCCGGCGGGCUACGCGCCGUCGGCGCUGCCGGUGUACGCGCCGCCCGUGCUCGGCGCGCAGCAGUACUUCCCCUUCGACGACCUUUCUGUACUACCGCCGCCUCCGCCUUAUACUCCCUAAGGUUUUUCCAUUCAUAUUUUGUCCUAUUACUAUACGCGAAUCAAAUUUUGUUAUGUAGUUUUGAUUCGCGUUCAUUUAAGUAGAAAAUACCACAAUUAAAUAAUUAAUGACAAAGAUAUGCCUACUAUGAAAAAUAUUCAGAAUCGAACCUCCAUCUACUAAUCCGGGGCAAUGGCUAGACCAAAAUUGGCAGUUCUACUUCCGCCCCAAGUAACAAGCGGUCAUAGUUAAUUAUUCUAAAUACAAUAUCUAUUUGAAUGUAUGGGUUAUUCAUUUUGACAAAUGAUUUAAUCAGUUUCGCAAGUAGGUAACAGAUUCCAUGUCAGUAUUUAUGUUAGUUUAAUAGUUAUAGAUAUGGUAAUGGUACUUGGUUUUCGACCAUUUUUUGUUGAUUUUCCUUUGUCCCUUCGCGUCGACAGCAAUUGUUGCCUGUACGACAGUCGACAAGGCGACUACGCCCAGUUUUGUUUUACCCGCUGAUCGCGAUAACAAGACGCAUCGCGUCGGCGUUUACUCAUUUUACUGCAAUCGGCGUGAUUGAGGGAGUGGACCAUCUCUCCUCUCGUUUUGAGCGCAUCAGUCUUAAGUUCAUCACAGACGGAGCGAUAAGCUUUAAACGAGGUUUCACUAGCAAGACCUUGCAUGCAAUUUUCAUAACAUUUCGGUAUCUGAUGAAAAUAAUACACAUUUGAAUGCAGUUUACCUUAGUGAUCGGCAAUGUAACGUAAAUUGCAUACGAGUUAUUGUCAGUCUACUCCUCGCUUUAGCGUAUAAUAUAAAUGACAAAGUUUUACCCCCAAAUAUUAAGUAAGUAUAGUUUAAAUCUUCUCAAAUGAUUUUUACGCCAAAGACUAAUCUGUUAAACAAACGCCAUUGUUUCUUUUGUGCGAGGGCGUGGCCAUUGUGUCUCAGCGCGUGGCACGCACUCAGAGACAAUGGCCACGAGCUCAAACACAAUGGCCACGCGCUCGCAUAAAAGAAACAAUAGCUUCUGUUUAACAGUUUAGGAUCUUUGGCGUAAAAAUCAUUUGAGAAGAUUCAAACUUACCAAUUUUGAUUUAUUUUUAUUUAAUAUAAUCAACGGGCUCAAUGGGCCCAUUAGUAUUUUUUUUCUGUGGCUUAGGGUGGUAUUCCAUCUGUCUAAUGUGUAUUGCGUCUCACAUUUUGCUUUAUGAGAGAGCGAGACGCAAUGACAUUGGACAAAGAAAUUGGACAGGUGUAAAUACCACCCUUAGCUAAACUUACAAUUCAAAUAGUGUAUUCAAUAGUACUGUAGUGUUUUCAUUAGUUUCAUAAUAUAGUACAAUGAAUAAAUUAUGUGUUCCGAUCUCGAAUAUAUGUGAGCCUCUUCUGAUAUCAAUAACUUCAAAACUAAAGUGACUACUCACUCCAUAUAACUUGCUGUAGGUUAUUUAAAAAUAAUUAAAACGUGAAGUUAUAAAUGAAAGUAAUUGUUAUUUACGUGUAGAAAGCAUAAUGUUCUCUUUUGUAUAUGUGGUUGUGAGUUUAUUAACACUGUUCACUUCAAAAUAUGUGAUUUGCCAUUUUAGUGCCUAUUCAUGUCGUACUUCUCAAAUGCUUUAAAAUUAUAUUUAAAAAUAAUAAAAAUUCGGUUUGUUGUGUACAUAUAGCUAUAUAGUUUAACCCUAUAAUAGUAUUUUUAUUAGGGUAAGUCAUGGACGAAACAUAAAGCAUUUUUCUUAAAAUAAUAUUAACUAAGUAUAGUUGGUCAAGCAAAUUUUGUCAGUAGAAAAAGGCGGCAAAUUUAAAAUAUGUACGCGCGAAGGGAUAUCCUCCUAUAGAAAAUUUGAAUUUCUCGCCUUUUUCUACUAACAAGAUUUGCUUGACCAACUAUAGGUAUAUAUAUUAAAUAAGUAUUAAUUAUGUUAGUAUAUAUCACAGUUUUCAUUUAAGUACGUUAUUUUAUACUUUAAUUUAUACUGAAACUUCUUAAUAUCACAAUUGCCCAGUGGCCUAAAAUGUUAUAAUUUAUAACAUCCAUUAUUGGGGACCUGAACUAUUAUCAGAUGGCAAUAAGCAAUAACUAUGCCUGUAGGAAUUGCCUAUCAAUAAGUAACAUAAAUUAAAACUUAUCGAGGAGAAAAGAAAAUGUUGAUCUAAGAUUUGUUUUCAACUUCAUUUCAUUUCAUUUUUUUAAAGAGCAUCAGGUUACCACACACAGGUGCAAUUUUACUUGUAAAAUGCUAAGAAUCGAGCAGCACAACUGACUUGUAUUCCACGCCGUUUAGUACUACAUAUAAUAGUCCAGGGGCCCGUUUCUUAAAAGCUUGUAACUUGUAAUA